AUGACUGCCAUCUACUGUGGAAAGGAAUGCUACAGGAAACACUGGAGGCUCCACAGAGACGCCUGCAAAGUCGAGGCCGAAAUUCGAAAGAGCGAGCAAGGUCAGCUCGUUGCCGAAAUUCGCAAAUGGGCACUCAUCCAUCGCGGCAUCCUCGAUCUCGCCACCACGCACGCGCUCCAACUUGACGUCUUCCCUGCACGCAUCCACACCCACUUCCUCUCACUCGCCCUGUCCCGCCCGUCUUGUUCGUUCCCCCCGACCUCGCCCGCAUUCACGAUCGCCGCCGCAACCAUCCUCCCCCUGCCCCUCCCUGCUGCUCCGGCGCUGAAAGCCCAGACCGCCGAGAUCAUAAAGCGCGGCGGGCUCGGCGUCGCGCAGUGCGUGCUGACCUGCGGGGACGCCCGCGUCCCCGAUGCGUGCGCGGUCCUCGAGCGCCCACGAACAAGGGUCGUGCUGACGAACUGGAAGGACUUGCUUAAGGGCGUGGUAGAGGGGACAGUGCGGGAGGAGGAGCUGGCCCCGCUGGGCCUAGUCAAGUAUCGGAUUACCGCGCGCCUCCUGGACCGCAAGGACAAAUAUGCUGCGAUUACUUGGUCCAACGGCCGAGUUACCGGGCAUACCUUGUCGAAGAUGGACGGUGCCUUCUGCCAGCCCUUGCCUACCAGACUAUAA